AUGGACGCUUCAGAGGUGCCACAGGAUAAAGGGAAACCAGCGGGACAGUGGACUGAUCAGAGCCAAGAAAAAGAGCAGGAAGGCUCCGGUUCGGGUGCAGGGCACCCUGGACAACAACAAGAUCGACCCCGUAACUAUUGGCACACUGGGCUAUUUAAUUGCUGGGAUGACGCUGGGACUUAUUGCAUGUCGUGUUGGUGUCCUUGCAUGGUAUAUGGGAAGAACCGACACCGGCUUGACCACUUGGAAGAAAACGAUACGGCAGAUCCGGAACAUGGCGGUUCGGGCUGUGAUGCCGAUUGUUGUAUGCAUCUAGCGCUUAAUGUAAUGUGCGGUUUCGGUUGGAUACUGCAGCUUGGGCAAAGAGCCACAUUGAGAGCACGCCACCACAUUGAUGGAAGCCCUGUCAACGAUUGCUUGACUGCAUACUUUUGCACCCCAUGUGAACUCACCCAAGAGAGUCGAGAAUUGACAGAGGAGGAAAUGACUGCUGCCAACACUCAGAGACCCGAACAGACUGAUAAUAGAUAA